AUGGAAGAAUUACCCAUCGAACCCAAGGGCAUUUUCUGGCAAGAUGACUUUAUCACCGCGGAACACGAGCAACGCCUCAUCACAAUCUUCCGCAACGAGUUAAAAUGGCCCGAUCGCCCAGGCCGUAUAUCACUCCACUAUGGCUACACAUUCGACUAUAAAACAUUCGGCAUCGAUCCUGACAUUCCAUACAAAGAAUUCCCAGAAUGGCUCCAACCACUCAUUCCGACAACGGAAUCUCGUCCGCCAGAGCAGGUCUGUCUUCAAUACUAUCCCCCUGGUGCUGGUAUCCCGCCUCACACAGACGCCCACAUGGCAUAUGACCAACUUUAUGCGCUGUCCAUGGGUGCACCGACUGUGAUGCAGUUUCGCAAGGGUGAAAGGCGGGUUGAUGUGGAUCUGAAGCCGCGGAGUAUGAUGCAGAUGACUGGAGACUCGAGGCUUCAUUGGACCCAUGGUAUCAAGAAGCGCAAGAAUGAUACAAUGGCGGAUGGAACAGUGCGACCUCGUGAAGAUCGUUGGAGUAUCACUUAUCGGUGGGUGAGAGAAGGAGACUGUGAAUGUGGGAAUAUUGAUUUAUGCGAUGUUGCUCAGCGGCGGAAUGGAAUCGAGAAAGAAAAGCGAUCAGUGAAGGAAUUGGCGGCGAAAGUCUCAUGA